AAGGAGCGCGAGCGAGCGAGCGCGGCGUCACUCCCACAAUGCCCCGCACAAUGGGGCCGCCGGGGCCUGAGCCGGAGCCGAGCCUGGCGGGGCCCGGGGGAACGGGAUGAAGAUUUCUUGCUGUUAAAGUCAUAUCAUUGCAAAGGUUCCAGCUCUACCUGGACAGCGUAACAGCAAGUCGCCCACAGGUAUGAGUUCUGCUUAACAUGGCCCUGUUCUACUAGGCCUGCCAUGACGGCAUUUUUUACCAGUGUUCCUACUUGGAUUCAAGAUGCAAAGCAGGAGGAGGAGGAGACGGGCUGGAAAUUAGUUCCCAGGCAAAGGGGUCGAGAGGCCGAAAGUCAAGGCAAGUGCCAAUGUGAAAUUUCUGGGACCUCCUUUACCAAUGUGGACAAGCUGAGAACUCACACAUUCGCUCAUACGGAGCAGAGACCUUACAACUGCCCUCAGCUGCACUGUGGAAAGGCCUUUGCAUCCAAGUACAAGCUCUAUAGGCACAUGGCCACACACUCUGCCCAGAAGCCUCACCAGUGUAUGUACUGUGAGAAAAUGUUCCACCGGAAGGAUCAUCUCCGCAAUCACCUGCAGACUCAUGACCCCAACAAGGAAGCCCUCCACUGCCCUGAAUGUGGCAAGAACUACAACACCAAACUAGGCUUCAGGCGACACCUGGCUAUGCAUGCAGCUGCCAGUGGUGAUCUGAGCUGCAAAGUGUGCCUGCAGACCUUUGAGAGCACGCAGGUCCUCCUGGAACACCUCAAGGCUCAUUCCAGGAGGGCAUCUGGUGGAACAAAGGAAAAGAAGCACCCGUGUGAUCACUGUGACAGACGCUUCUACACACGUAAAGACGUGCGGAGACACCUCGUGGUGCACACAGGGCGGAAGGACUUCCUGUGCCAGUAUUGUGCUCAGAGGUUUGGGCGGAAGGACCACCUGACCAGGCACAUGAAGAAGAGCCACUCCCAAGAAUUGCUGAAGAUCAAGACAGAGCCAGUUGACAUGUUGGGUCUCCUAAGCUGCAGCUCAACUGUAGCAGUGAAAGAAGAGUUGAGUCCAGUUUUAUGUAUGGCAUCCAGAGACAUGAUGAGUGGUAAGAGCUUUCCUGGCAUGCUGCCUAUGGGCAUGUACAGUACACACCUCCAAGCUCUGCCAAGCUCAGGGAUGCCCCAUUCUUUGGUUCCCAACUCUCUUCCAAUGGGAAUGAGUUAUCCUCUGGAAUCUUCUUCUCCUAUCUCCUCCCCACCACAACCUCCUCCGAAGUACCAGCUCGGAUCUACCUCAUAUUUACCUGAGAAACUACCCAAAGCAGAGGUGGAGAGUUUUCUGUCAGAGCUUCCUGGCAGUCUGUCUCUCUCAUCUGGUGAGCCUCAGUCCUCCUCACCUCAGCCAGUAACGCUGGACGAGACUCUGCUUUCCAAGAGCCCUGCUAACCUUUCAGAGGCUCUCUGUGCUGCUAACAUGGACUUUUCUCAUCUUCUGGGCUUCCUCCCCCUGAAUCUUCCUCCAUGUAACCCACCUGUGUCAACAGGGGGGCUGGUCAUGGGCUACUCACAGGGGGAAACCCAGCCAUUGCUUACCACUUUGCAACCUCAACCUCAAGAAUCUCCCGGAGCUGGAGGCUCCCUGAACUUUGGUCCCCUUCAUUCAUUACCCCCUGUCUUCACCUCCAGCUUGAGCACAACCACCCUGCCACGUUUCCACCAGGCAUUCCAAUAAGAUGACUGUGGCAUUGGUGAGCGGAUCUUCCGCUAAUACUUGCUCGGAGAGCCUUAAAAAUGCACAACUCUUGUACUUCUCUGCUGGGAUGUGAAAGCUUUUGAAAGCUGUUUCAGACAGGACGAUUCUGGUGUCUGGAGGGAGCACUUGUAGACUGGAACAGCAGGUAUCCCUGUGCAUGUCCCAGUCCUCGAUAGUGAAAAGGUUUCAGCUGUAUUUUUUUUUUUUCUAUUUUUUAAAUCUGUGAAUCGGGAGCCACACUUAGCACUGAGGUUUUGGAGCCUUGUUCCUCUUUGGGAAGGUAUUGAAUCUGAGGAGCUGGGGCUGUUUCAGCUUGGGCAGACUUGGACUAACCUUUGGAAGAGUCCAACUUCCAUUUUUAUGUUACCACAUUGCAAUCCUGGCAUUACAACCAGUACCUGCAGGUGAAUCAGGAGGAGGGGGACGUCUAGAGACCUAUCCCAUAUGGAGCAGAGGGGAAGAGCUGUCCUUCCCUAUUACCCCAUCCCAUCACCUAUACAGCUUAUGCCAUUUUGCAUCAGUGUUAAGCAAUAAUGAGAGCAUCAACACGAUGGAUGCACACCACCUCGUUUCUUUUUGCAGAGCCAUCAGAUUAGGCUCAUUCCAGUGAAUUGUUUUUUUUUUUUUUAAACCACAACAGGAGUCUCUUUCUAUCAUUACAAAAAUAGGAGGCACCAGUGUACAUUGGUUUUGUAUCUGGUGUAGCUAGAAUACUGUUUACACAAUGAAGUCAGGUUGCACUGAUUUCUCCUCUUCACUUGUCACAUUUUUUCCCCCAUGGGGAAAAUAAACUGACUUGGACUACUUCAGCCUCUGCCAUUUUAAAUGGUAGUUCUUUGCACAUUCCCUUUGACAUCCCAUAUGCGUCAGAGGGGGAUGGAGCAACUUGGACAUCUGGCUCACUUUUGUGGUGUAUGAAGUGCGCCCUUUGAAAAACACCACAACCACACAGAUCCUGCCUCUAUCUUGGAAACCAAAGCAUGUGAAAAAGCAAAGUUUAGAGCUAGUAGUUGGCAGCAUCAAGUGCUAUCGUACAGGAGACCCAGGUUUGGGAGUGAUCUCUGGGCUUCUGCUCCAUAGGUUAAACAUGGAUAUGAAGGACAGGGUAUGAGCUGACAUCUUUUCUGCCACCAGUUUGCCAGGGUCAGUGACUUCCUGGCUGAUCCACAACGCAGUGUCAAGAGACAUAUUUUGACCUCCACAGUGGAGUGAUAGCAUGCAGGAGUCAGGAGAAAACAAAACUGGCCCUAGUUUUGUUUACACUUAGUCACUGUAUUUGAACUGUUUCCCCAACACUAAUUGUCCUAACAAUAGCUGAGGUCUCUGGGAUUAUAGUCCCUCUUCCUCUCCUCUAGCCUGGAGUUGUGGGCCUUUUUUAUUCCUCCUUUCUCCUGCCAUACCCCCUGAACCCUGGGUUCCACUUCCCUUGCUCCCCAUCAUCUGCAGCCCUUGAGUUCUCCUUUGUGGAAUCUCCACCUACUGAUAGCAAAAAGCUUAAACUUUUAAGGGUCACGUCCGCAUAGUCUCCUGUUCACAUCAUGCUUGGUAGCCCAUAAUCUUGGGUAUGUUAAAUCCAGCUAUGUUUUAAUGCACAUCUACGAACACAGACAUGCAGCUUUUCAUACCUCAGCAUGUAGGAGCAUAACAGGCUAGGAGGGAGUUUAUCAACAUCUCUUUACAAGCCCAGGGAGUUUAUCAACAUCUCUUUGCAAGCCCCCAAAACAGAUAUCUACCUCUGUCCUGUUAUCUUAACUCCGUAAAUGAAGUCAGUUACUGUCCCCCGCAGUCUCUUCUUUCCCAAGAACGUGUCCGCCUCCCUCUUCACUUCAGCUGACAUUUUUUUGCUUCUAUCUUCCGCCAUUUGUCUCAAACCCACAGCAUGCAAUUAGUUCUGUUUCAUUUGCUCAUAUAGCUGGCUCUUCCUCCACUUUACUCAAGGAUUUCCUAUAAUUUUUUAGUAAUGUCAUCCUAACCCCAACUGGUGAACCAGCUAGACCUUGUCAUUUAAGUUUAGCCAGUGAAACUGCAAAUACUACAUUCGUUCAUAUCAGUGUACGUUUUUACCUCAGCAAUAUCCUGUGAAAAUGAGUUCCCCAGAUUAAAAGUAGUACUUCCUUUUAUCCAUUUUCAAAUGUUGCCUUUCAAAUUUCAGCAAGUGCCUUCUUUUAAUUUGAAAAGGUAAAUAGGGGGAUCUCAGCUGGUCUUCUCUUAACCAUUCAUUAUUUUUAAAUACCUCAGUCAUGUCUCCUAUUUUUCUCUUUCCAAAUUAGUUUAACAAUUUCACCUUCUUAAGUCUGAUUUCUGUCUUUACAUAUAUUUUUUUUAAACAAAAGCAAAAACGGAAAAAAACUUGGUGAUCAGAACAAAGCGUUAUUUGGAUUUAUGCAGUGCCAUAAUCAUUUUUCCUCAUCUCUAAAUUUGUAACAUCUGAUUCUCUUUUGGGGUUUUUUUGCCUUCAUUGUGCUUUGAGAAGAGAUUUUCACUGAAAUAUCUUCAGUGGUAGCCAAGUCUACAGCCAGGCAAAUGCCUCCAUUUUCUACAAAUACUCUCUCAAAGAAUCAAUGGAAUUCACUUCACUAGGUUUUGCACCACUUGGUUUGCUUUCCAUGGCUAUUCCAGCAAGCAAGUUUAAAAGGAUGUUCAUAUAUCAAAUGAUUAACCAACAUUAGGGAAUAUAUUAAUGGAAAGCAAGUCUAGAACUCAAACCAACUGUUUACUUUGGGAACUUGAUGCAAAGAUUCAUCCUGACCCAUAACAUGUCCUGUUGAGUUCAAUGGCUAUAGGAUCAGACACUAAGUAUGCAGAUAAGAUUAAAAUAUUAAGUGUUGUAAAUACCAUUGUGGACACAGAAAUAAAUGUAAAAGAGAUCUAGAGAGAUGGGAAAUAACUAAAUGAGAUUCAUGCAGGACAAAUGCAAGUUAAAACAUCUUGGGGGAAAUAAAGAAUUGGAGAGGAGAUAUUUGGAAAGCAAUAUUGUGAAAAAGACUAAAGGGGUGAUAGAGGACAGCAAGUUAGAUGUAUGUUUACAAUGAAAUGUGACAACAAAAAAGCCCUGUGGGAUUUUAGACUGGAUAAAGCAAAGCAAUUCAUAAGAGGAAUCAAUUUCUAUAACUGGUAAGACCUCAUCUGUAAUAAUUAUAUUGGGAUGUAUGUAGUGGUUUACAUCCCUAUGUCUCCUACCACUUACAACUGAAUAUCAUUUGCUCCAUAUAUAAAAUAGGGAUAAUGAGACAGAGGUUAAAGUCAACAUCAAAAGUUCAGAAGUGCCUUUUAAGAAUCUAUAUUUGGCUUGCUCAGUGGUAGAACCCAUGAAUCAACUUCUUGACUCGAGCCCUGCACCAUGCUGGGUCCUAGAAUACUGUAUGUUUAUAGGCACCACUGUACCAGAAGGGCAUAGACAAAUUGAAUUUCAGAGGAAAGCAAUUAAAAUGGCCAAGUGGCUGGAGCGGCUCACUUUAAAAAGAAAUUAAUAGAAAUAGACACCAUGUAACGACCCUCAAAUUUAAAGACCCAGGAGAGAGAGGGGAAUUACUGAGGGUAGUACAAGGGGGAUAAUAAGGUUAAAUAAAUAAAAGGGAAAGUUUAGGUUGCAUAGCAAGAAGGAUGUCAGUCUCCCAGUGGAAGUUAAGAUGUUUCAGCCUAGACUGGCUCAAUUUUAGUAAACACAGUAAGGAAUAACUCUGCACUGCUAAGGAGGUGGGCUUCCUGGUCCUUCCCAGGCUCAGAUUUCUAGAACUGGGAGAAUUCUCACUCAGAUCUUAUUCCUGAGGGCUUACAGCUGGUUCAAGAACCCUUCUGUGUGCAGGUAGUGUAAAUAGGAAGAAACAAUGUCCAUUACUUUGCAUUUGUCUAUGCUGAAUUUCAUCUGCCACCAUGUUAGCCACUUACCUGGUUUUGCUAGGUCCUUCUUAAAAACAGGAGUACUUAUGGCACCUUAGAGACUAACAAAUUUA